UGCUGCUGCUCCCUGAGAGUGGAUGAGUUGGAGCAGCGUGGAUGGAGCGCUGCGUGCUGCUGGAUGGACUGACAAGCUUUGAUUUUCACUGACGGGGAAAAAGACCUUUUAAACAUGGAGUUAGGAAGAGUUUGGUCCAGACAUCAGAGGACGCUGCUGCUCAUGAUGAUGAUGUUCAAACUGGGCUUUCUGUGCACAGCAGCAGCAGAUAAGUGUUUAUCGUCUCCCUGCAACAAUGGAGCCACCUGUAUAGACCACAUGGGCGACUAUGUGUGUGUGUGCCCCAAAGGACCAGUGUGGUUUAUGGGAAAUAACUGCAGUGAGCUGUACGACGCCUGCAUCUUUUCAAAUCCGUGCAAAAACUGUACAAGCACACCAGGAACCGACAAGUUCACCUGCCACUGCCCUGACGGCUUCACAGGACUCAACUGCACUCAGGAUGUAGACGAAUGUCAGAGCAGCCCCUGCACAGGCCUCCGCUCCCUCUGUGUCAACAGAGUCAAUGAAUAUUCCUGUCACUGCCCCCUUGGGUUGGGAGGAGAGAACUGUCAGGAUAAUGUCACUGUUUGUUCAGAGAACACAUGCCAGAGGGGAACCUGUAUGGACAUCCCUGACGUUGGGUACCAGUGUCAGUGCGCUGCUGGGUACCAGGGGACGAACUGUGAGGAGGACAUCGAUGAGUGUCAGUCUGAGCCGUGUCAGAACGGAGCCAUCUGUAAAGACGGGGUAAACGCCUAUCAGUGUUUCUGUGUGCCUGGAUUUCAGGGCUACCACUGUGACCUGGACAUCAACGAGUGUGCCUCUCGACCCUGUCAGAACAACGGCACCUGUCUGGAUGAGGUGGACCACUACAGCUGUGACUGCGCUCCCGGCUUCAAAGGGAUUAACUGCGAGGCGGAGAUCGAUGAGUGUGAGGUGCAGCCCUGUCAGAACGGCGCCACCUGUCGGGACCACGUAGCAGCGUACACCUGUGAGUGCAUGGCCGGCUUCCAGGGCCCAGACUGUGAGGUCAACAUCGAUGAAUGUGCCAGCAUGCCCUGUCUGAAUGAGGGCAGGUGCAUCGACGGGGUCAACAGCUAUACGUGUGACUGUGAGGGGACGGGCUUCUUGGGCGACCACUGUGAGGAGGAUAUUCCUGAAUGUGCCUCGGACCCCUGUCAGCAUGGAGCCACUUGUUUGGAGGGGAUCAAUGAGUACAAGUGUCUCUGUUGGCCAGGUUACGAAGGAGAGAACUGCCAGGUGGAUAUAGAUGAGUGUGAGCAGAACCCGUGUGAGAAUGGAGGCGAAUGUUUCCAGCGCUCAGAUGUCUUGAACUACUGGAAGCUCCCUGAACUCAGCAAGGCCAAUUUCAGCUAUGAUGAGGCCGCUGGCUUCAUCUGCCACUGUCUGCCAGGAUUCACUGGAGAUAACUGCUCGAUCAACGUGGACGAGUGUGAGUCUGCUCCGUGUCAGCAUGGUGGGAGCUGUCAGGAUCUGAUCAAUUCUUAUCAAUGUGUUUGUCCAGACGGCUUCACAGGCAUACACUGUGAGGUGGACAUCAACGAGUGUGACAGCAAUCCCUGCAAGAAUGGCGCCACGUGUGAAGAUGCUGCCAACCACUAUAGGUGUCACUGCCCUGCGCCAGAGCCCGGCCUUGAGCCCUGGGGUGGGCCAGACUGUGACGUCCGACUCGUCGGUUGCCAACAGAACCAGUGUCAACACGGAGCAGGCUGCGUUCCCGUGCUGAUGGAUGAUGGGAGGCACAACUACACCUGUUUGUGUCCGCCGGGCUGGUCGGGAGAACGCUGCAACACUUCCACCACAUUCUCCUUCAACUCGGAGGGCUACGUCUUCGUUCAGUUGCCAGAGUCCAAAAAGAAGAUCAAACGAUCGACACAUGACUACAAUCAUGGACUCCACAUGCAGCUUCGGUUUAAGAGCACCUUGCCUGACAUGGUGUUAUACUACAGGGGCACCAUGGAGCGCUUUGUCUCCCUGGAGCUUGUCGGAGGCUCCCUUCAGGCCAGGGUUAAGUCAGGGAAGUUACUACAGGCUAUUCACCCUGGACCAGUCAAUGAUGGAGAAUGGCGCCAGGUCACUGUGACCAUGGACGAGAGGCUGGUUCUGGUUUUAAAAGGACCCGGAUGUGAGGAGGAGUGUCAGGUGAAGAACGAGGGCUACAACCAUCUGCUCUUCCUCCAGCCCAGUUCCUUUCAACAGCUGUAUAUAGGAGGGGCACCGCAGGAAUAUUUAGCCCACACCUACAGUGGGCGGGGGUUCAUUGGCUGCAUGGAAGACCUUCGGGUGGACCACAAACCACUUCUGCCCCAGGACCUCAUCAGAGAGGAGAACCAGGGUUUGGAAAUGGGAUGCAGCAAAAUGGACUGGUGUCAGGAAGACCCAUGCAUGCAGCGUGGGCAGUGUGUGGACAUGUGGGUUCGUGCCAGCUGUGACUGUCAUCGGCCUUACUAUGGAGAAAGCUGUGCGAGAGAGUAUCCAUCCUGGACCUUUGGUCACGAGAACACCACUAGCUACGCUGCCUUCAACAUCUCAGAAACCCACGGAGAAAACUUCACCAUCUCAUUCUUAAUGCGCUCCCUCAAACACAACGGCCUGCUCCUGCAGCUCCAUCGAGAAGGAAAGCCUUACAUGACGAUCUAUCUGAAGGAGGGCACUGUGGCUAUUUACAGCCCUCACACCACACUGCUGUCCGAGGCCCAGUUAAUCACUGAUGGCAUCAAUAAUUUGGUGACUGUAAAAGUGCGCUAUGGCAAUGUGGUGUUCCCCAAAGCGGGGAAUCAUCGUGCCUUAGGGAACGUGAGCGUAGAGGCAGGGGAUGUAGCGUAUGUUGGAGGGCUCCCUGCAGGCGAGAGCAUGAACGCCUGGGGUGGAAACUUCAAGGGCUGCCUGCAGGACAUUCGACUGGACCACAAACACAUGACUGCUGGGGAUCAUCCAGGUGGAGUGGAAAUUUACCAGGAGAGCAACAAGGAAAAUGUGCUGCAAGGAUGCAAGAGUGAUGAUACAUGCAAGGACGGGCCCUGCUUCAAUGGCGGCCAGUGCCAGGUCACCUGGAAUGACUUCAAGUGCAUCUGCUCCGUGAAGUACUCAGGCCGGCUCUGUGAGACACGUUUGUGGUGUGUCGACAAGCCUUGUAUUGACGGAGUGCACUGUGUGGACCUACAGGACGGUUACGAGUGUUUAACUGAGGCCGUUUUUCAGGACAACGCUCUCCAGUUUAUCGCCAACAGCUCCUUGUUGAGCCCUGUAACAAGCAUCACCCUUGAGAUGCGGACACGUGACACAGAUGGGAUCCUACUGCGGGCAGAGAGCAGAGCUGAAGUCUUCUGCUUGGGUCUGCUCAACUCCUCUCUGCUGGUUAAACUGGACAGCGGGGCGGAUUCAGAUCUGCUGGCCUUCACAAGUGACAGAGCCAUCGCAGACGGAGCAUGGCACCAAAUCCAGCUUUCCAUGGUGGACCCCACGCAGUCAGCAUCCCGGUGGCGCCUCACCGUGGAUGGGCAGAGAGUUGGCAGCACCUAUCAUGAGGGUGGCAACCUUAACUUCCUCAAUGACACCAAGAUUUGGCUGGCUGAGAAAUACACCGGAUGUUUAGGGGAGGUGAGAGUGGGCGGAGUCUACCUGCCACUCAUUAAAGUACAAAAUCCUCCUCAGAUGAGCUGGUUUUCCAGACUGGGUGGGCAUGAGCCAAUCAUUGGAUGCAAAGGUGCACCAAUUUGCGAUUCCCAGCCAUGCCUAAACCAAGGUGUAUGUCAGGACCAGUUCAAUGAGUUUAACUGCAGCUGCAGCGCAGGAUGGGAGGGGAAACUGUGUGAGGCGGAGAUAAACGAGUGCUCCCCAAGUCCCUGUGUCUAUGGUUCAUGUAAAGACCUUCUGGCAGACUACCGUUGUGACUGUGAGCCUGGAUACACAGGCACAAACUGUCAGGACGAGGUGGAUAACUGUCUGGAGUUCAACUGUGUGAAUGGAGGAACCUGCUUGGAAACAAUGGGAGCGAACACAUGUUCAUGUCCUCCAGGCUACAUGGGCAAACGCUGCCAAUGGCGAUACCCUCCAGCAGCCUGUGAUGCAUACAGAGAGUGUCUUAACGGAGGGGUUUGUAUAGGAGGCGACACUGGAGGAAACUGCACCUGCAAGCCAGGAUACACCGGCGACAGGUGUGAGACAGAAAUAGACGAGUGUGAGUCCAGCCCUUGUCUGAACGGUGCUACCUGUCUGGACAGGCUCAACCACUUCCAGUGUGUGUGCUUGCCGGGAUUCAGCGGCAAACUGUGUGAGAGAAACAAAGACCAGCAGAGGGAGCGAGUCCCCUGGCUGGUGGUGACCAUCCCACUGAUCACACUGUGUGUGCUGCUGGCUAUCCUGGUGGUGUUUUUCCUCAUCAUGACGGCACGGAAGAAGCGUCAGUCAGAGGGCACGUACAGCCCCAGCUCGCAGGAGGUGGCCGGUGCCAGGCUGGAGAUGGGCAGCGUCCUCAAAGUGCCACCAGAGGAGAGGCUGAUCUGAGGUCUGCAGCCCUCCAAACAUGUAAGGGGGGAGAUAACACAUGCUCUGCAAAGGGUGGGGAGAACGUAUGCUCUGCAGGGUCAUAUUGCUGGCCCUUUCCUUCCUUACAAGGAAGUGAUGGAGGAUAAAUCAAUGACAAAUUAUCCACAUGGGAAAACUACUGACACAGAGGCCUCAGAGAUGGACGAGUAAAGUGCAAAGGCUGAGAGAGACAGUCCUGAUUACUCAUGCUGUCCUGCUGUGGUUAAGGAUGCUCUGACCCUGGAUGUGCCCUGGAAAAGUGGAGUCUUGAGGACUUUUUCAAGCUUAAAUGUCAAGAUAUCCUACUCGACUAAAACAUGACUAAAGAUGUUAAAUGUUUCACACAGACUGACAAUUCCUGAAAUUAUCGCCCUCUAUGCGGUCACGUAAAACAAAGGAUUUGAUCAUUUAUGAUUAAUCAAAGAAAAAUGGAGGAAUGUGUAGAAAGUGAGGGAUUCUGUUGAAUUGAGUUUAAUUCAGCAUGAGUAUAAAUUGCAACGAAGAAUUAUUUCUUCAUCAACGAACCCGCUGUAGUCGUAUUAUAUUACACGCACAAUGGGUGCUAGUUGGUCAUUUCUUAAAAACAGAUACUAAUCAUGAUGUCAAAUUCUGUUUUGUUUUGUCCUUGACGGUAAUCACCUUUGACCUCAGAGCGGCAAGCUUCUAAAAACUGUUGUGUAUAUAACUGCUGUAUAAUAUUGUCCAUGUGCACUGUAUGGCUCAAGAGGCUAACCACUUUUUCUGUUUUUUUUUUGUUAUUGUUUAUUUUGCUGUGAGUGUUUUUUUUUUUGUGUUGUGCAUAGUUUGCUAAGUCAAGUCACUGUAUUUUUUUUGUUGUAUUUUCUUUAUUUUCAAUGAGAACAGUAUUUAAUUGUAAGAAUGUUGUGAACUAAGGUGGUCAAAUCAGUAUUUAUGAACAAAAAAAAACAAUAUUUGAGAUUCAGAAACAAAGAGAGAAGGAAAAACAAACAAUUACAUUUAGCAAAGAAUGUCUGCUCGUAUUCGGACUGAUUUCAAGCAAUAAUGCAAUAUACUGGACAAUACAUUCAUUUGCUUUCUUUACAACAAUGAGAUGAGAAGGUGAAUAAAUAUGAGACCUAGCUCAGCAUAAAGACUGGAAGCAAGGGGAAACAGCUUGGUAACUACCCAAGGCUCAUGACUAUUGGGUUGGCGCGCAGCUCAACUGUGAGUCUAAAUCAUUGUUGAUGCCAAACCAAUGCAAUGGCGAGUCUCACUUUGUCAUUCAGUAGUGAACAAGACCCCAAGAUAUCCUUAAGUAUCCUUAAGUCCGGUUGGCAACUCCCAACCCGCGGAGAGAGAAAACAUUGGCCCGAAAUUUGAUUGUGCGUUCCAGCCAAGGGAUAACGUUUCAUAACUAUUGACCACACCACUAGCUCGUGAAUCAAAUGUAAUGAAAUCAUCUUAACCUCCACUGAACUCACAUUAGAACUUCAGGAAGUCACACCACUCAUGCGCCUUUCACUUCGUUCUCGCCAGGUCGAGAUACUUCAUAAACCUCAUGAACAGGAUGCUAUUACAGGAAAACUAUAGGUGCUGAUGUGAUAUAAACUUCGACAAAUAUACUGUUCAAGUUUCAUGUCAAUCCAAACAGUUUGUGAAAGGGACGUAGAGAGACACUGGUAUUACUGAGUAUUGUACUAAAUAUCUUUUGAAAGAGGUUAUGAGUAGGAUUCUGAUAUUAAUAUGUACAGUUUUAGGUCUGGAUGUACUACUGAGUGAUGACACUUUACAGAUUGUAAAGUUUAGUUUGGCUUUGUUUCUGUACAUGCUACCAGCUCAAUUAGCCAAAUAUUCCUCACAUCAAGGACUCCCGGAUAAACCUUAUAAACAACACAACGUGGACACUUGGUCUGGGAUAUUAUUUCACAUUUCAAAGCCUACGAUGUCAACUCACCCUCACUCCCAAAGCGUUGAAAAGCCAAGGCUUCAAAGUGUGAUACUUCAGGUUUCCAUCUAUUGUCAUUUAUGUAUUCUUGUCUUCAAGCUUAUUGGUUGGAUGUGCUGUCGGGAUCACAUGACUGCGUGUGAUCGGAGCGAAAGUCCUCCUAGAAUCGGGACUGUUGCGAUGUGAGUCCAACCAAUGAAGGACUUGCAUUGAAAAUAUAGUUCUUUCCUCAGCAAUGCUUAUUUCUGAAAGUCUAGCCAGGCGUUGCUGCUGUAGUAUCGUUGACAUAAAGCUAUAAGUGGAUGUGGCAAAGCUAACUUGACCCACAGCCCAGCACCACACAACUGAUGCAAGAUGGACGUUUCUGUCUCGUGCUGGGCCUUUGCCAUAUUUGACCACUUUCAUGUGAGAACGUGGAACAAAUAGAUAUCCAGAAAAUAUAAACCCCGACCUCCCAGCAUAUCACUACUAAUUAUAAGAUAAAGAACUGUUGUCACCCCUCCUGCUUACCCCUCAUAGAGGUCAGAAAUGACCACAUGCUCCUUUAAAAUGACUUCAAGGGUUGUACAGGUAUGAAUAUGAUGAGAUUAUCUCAUGCGCCUUCAUGUUCUCCUGCAUCCAUAAAACACAAGACUCCUAUUGUCUGUUUUUUUUUUCACAUGUUAGUACAGAUUAAAGCCUUCAUGAUGAGAGGUCAGUGACAGAAACCUCGCUGUAAGAAGUCUGUUUGUGCAACAUUAUAGUAUUGUACAGACAGAUUGUUACACAGCGCUUAGACUUCAUUAAAAAAAAACAUCUACAGCAUACAUACGUAGCCCAGCUAUGUACAGGAAUGUAGUGAUUUGACACUGGAGUUGUACCAUGUACAGCACUCUGUAGACCAGUACAUGAAGAGGAGGAUUUGUUCAUUCACUGUUUGCGGUUUGUAGCCAAUACUGGACUCCACUAUAAAGCACUAAUGUGACACAUCAGAGUGGCUUUUGGCUGUUUCUGGACUCUCAGUGAGAUCUCAGUUGUCACGUGUGUUCUCCCAACAAUGUAUUUUAUGAUGACUGCAUUUGAUGAGCUGUCUGUAAAGUGAGAUGUGCAUACUUUUAAUCCAAGUGGAUAGUGACACUGUUAUGUAAAUAUAGAGGGAAAAGUGGUGCUUCAACUGGAAAUAAAAGGUGGCUGUUAUCAAA